GCUCCUCAGUCAUUACUACAGAGCAGGAGGGGCCCGUUCUCAUCAGCAUGAGGGAGUGCCUUUCCAUCCACAUCGGUCAAGCUGGCAUCCAGAUUGGGGAUGCUUGCUGGGAGCUCUAUUGCCUGGAACAUGGAAUCCAGCCAGACGGAGUUGUUCUUGACAGUCAUCAGAAUCAGCUGGAAAAUGCGAAAACGGAGCACACAAAUGCAUCUUUCGAUACCUUCUUCCGGGAGAUAAGAGCUGGGAAGCAUGUGCCUAGGGCACUCUUCGUGGACUUGGAGCCAACUGUUAUAGAUGGGAUCCGGACAGGAGAGCGCCGUUCACUCUUCCACCCAGAGCAGCUCCUGAGCAGAAAGGAGGAUGCUGCCAGCAACUACGCGCGGGGUCGUUACUCUGUGGGGUCGGAGGUCAUCGACCUUGUGCUGGAGAGGACCCGGAAGCUGGCAAAACAGUGUGGUGAACUUCAGGGAUUUUUGAUUUUCCGAAGCUUUGGAGGGGGCACUGGUUCGGGGUUUACAUCUCUUUUAAUGGAGCGGCUCACGGGAGAAUAUAGCAAAAAGACGAAAUUGGAGUUCUCGGUUUACCCAGCCCCCAGGGUCUCCACUGCCGUGGUGGAGCCUUAUAACUCUGUCCUCACCAUCCACUCCACCACAGAGCACGCGGACUGUACCUUUAUGGUGGACAAUGAGGCUGUCUAUGAUAUAUGCCAUCACAGACUCGGUGUUGAACGUCCCUCUUACGCCAGCAUCAAUAGACUGAUGGUUCAGGCAGUAUCUUCCAUCACUGCCCCCCUCCGGUUUGAAGGGCCCUUGAAUGUGGACCUAAUUGAAUUCCAGACCAACCUAGUACCUUACCCGAGAAUACAUUUCCCCAUCACCACCUUUGCCCCUAUUGUCUCUGCUGACAAAGCCUACCAUGAGCGGUUCUCCGUGUCAGACAUCACCACUGCUUGCUUUGAGUCCUCCAACCAGCUGGUCAAGUGUGACCCUCGGCUUGGGAAGUACAUGGCCUGCUGCCUACUCUACAGAGGGGAUGUGGUCCCUAGGGAAGCGAAUGCAGCAAUCGCAGCCAUGAAGGCGAGGCAGUCUGUUCAGUUUGUAGAUUGGUGUCCAACGGGUUUCAAGGUGGGCUUCAACAAUCGGCCGCCCACGGUGAUGCCAGGUGGGGACCUGGCCAAAGCCCACCAGGCCCUCUGCAUGCUGAGCAACACGACGGCGAUCGUGGAGGCCUGGGCCCGCCUGGACCACAAGUUUGACCUCAUGUAUGCCAAGAGGGCAUUUUUGCACUGGUACAUCAGAGAAGGCAUGGAAGAAGCGGAAUUCUUGGAGGCCAGGGAAGACCUGGCGGCCCUGGAGAGGGAUUAUGAGGAAGCGGGGCAGAGUUUCUGAUGCAUGUGUGAUGGGUGCAAAUGAACGUCAAGCUAAAACGGCAUGUUUUCUUUUCAAGCUGUUAUAUGCUUAGUGGGUAAUUCCCCUGAUGAGAAGAAAAAUGAAAUCAAAUCAGGCAAGAGUCUAGGUUCCACAUGAAAUUAAGUGGGUCAGUACCAACCAUGAACGCAUUAUUCCCAGGUCUACUGGUACUAGUCAGCUCUGCUUCCCGGGAGCCUUCGGAAGCUUCGAGUCCUUUGAACUGCUGGGUCACUUCUAGGUGGGGUUUUUUGUUUAACCAAGAGACUAUGAAACCCUGAAGUUCAUCCUUUUUCUUUCUGGUACCUGAAGUAUGAAACAGCACAUGUUGAUUACAAAGGUUUUUUCCCCUAUAUUUUUAUACUGAUUGAAUCAUAAAUAUUUUCAGUAUGAUUCUUUUUCUUCUUUUAAAUAUGUACCCAAAGGGAUCAGUUUGCUUGUUAUGUAAACAAACUACAGUCUUUCUAAAACUUGAAUUUGGGUGUCCCGCAGGUCAGAGGUGAAAGCCAUCUCUUCCACUUCCCUGUCCUGGAAGUGCUGUUCUCAAAGUAUUACCGGCCUAACUGUGCCAGAGUCACUGCAGAAGUUUCCUAAAAAUGCAGAUUGUUGAGCUUCUCUAUGGACUUGCUAAGCUGGAGAGGCUGUGUCCUAAGGAUUUGCGAUUUACAAAAACACUCAAUGGAAUUAAUUUUUGGUACUGAAUAGUUCCAUUUGAGAAAAUAAUUUACUCUGGACAAAGCUAUAAAUGCAUUAAAACCACUGGCGAGAUUUUAAGUAA